AAUCAGCUUUAUUAAAAUUUCCGCCGGUUAAACACAACUGUUGCAUUCUACUCCGCACGAGAUGCUUAUUGUUUUAGAUACGUCGGAGAGCAUAAAUUAGAUACUUGCUUAUGUUUAUGUUUCCUUGCAGUUGCGAUGUUUGAUUACUGACAGAAGCUGAUCUUAUUGUUAUGCUGAUUGAAACUCGGCAGGAGGAAAAGGUGAAGGGGUUGAAAACUACUGCACCAUAAGGGAAUCCCAUCUCAUCGUAUAGAUUCUGGAUUCAUCAUUUUAGUAAACUCGAUCAAAUCUACCAGAUCUACCAAAGUAUUGUCCGUAAGCUAGAACUUCUUUUUUUUGUUUUUUUUUUUGUUUUUUAAUAAAGAAUCAGCCCGAACAAGAACCCAGAAAUCCCAACCUGACAAGAACAAAGCUUGCCCCAGUUCCAUAGAGAGGGGGCCUUUUCCCAUCAUAACGACAUUAUCUGACAGCGGACGAGCGGCUGCCAAACCACGGGAACGGAAAUCAAUAAUCAACGCCAUCAUCUGAAUUCUGAAGAAGGCUUCCAUCUGCGAGAGGUAGACAAGAUUCAAAUGUGGUUCAGCUUUGCAUGUGAAGGCCAAUUGCCAAUUGAUAACCCUGGAAUAUUAGAGAUGGCGCACGGCGAGAGUAAGAACACGAUUAAUAAUUUGCCAGAUUGUGUAAUGUCAUCUAUACUUGCAUUGUUGACAAUAAAAGAUGCAGUGGAUACUAGCAUGAUAUCCCGUCAGUGGAGGUACUCCUGGAAGCAUCCAAUACUUUCAAGGCCAGAUCUUGAAUUUGACAUUCCAAACAUUUUCGGAACCAAAUUAUGUUGCCAGCUCUUUAAUGAAUUUGGAGAUCAGUAUACAUAGGUUUGGUCAGUAUGAAAGAGAAGCCUUUGUAGGAUGCGUGAAUAAAUUUUUGAAGCUUUACCAUGGUAAGGAGGUUGACUCUUUCAAAGUGUCAUUCCCUUUAGAUGGAGUUUAUGCUGCCGACCUAGAUGAAUGGAUUCAUUUUGCAAUUAGAAAGGGAGCUCAAGUGCUUGAUCUUCAAUUAUUAUGUUGCGGCCUUCUAGAAACAAACAAUUUUUAUGUGUUCCCUCACUGGUUACUCCCAGGAUCUCUAAAGCAUUUGUCAUUGCUAAGGUGUGUUCUAGGACCUCCUCUUGAUUUUGGCACAUUCAAUGAGUUAAGAACUCUUUCUUUGAAUAAUGUUAUCAUAGAUGAAAAAUUUGUGGCACAUCUAUCCUCUGUUUGUUUGUGCCUUAAAAGAUUGACCUUAAAGGAGUGCAGUGUGGGUUCGUGUCUUAUUCUUGGGGCUCCAUUACUUUGUUUGACCGAGUUGAAAGUGCUCCAAUGUAUUGAUUUAGCCAAACUGGAGAUUCACUGCAAAAAUAUUACCUCCUUGGAAUAUGAAGGACUUGCAGAGACUUAUUACAUGAAAACAAAAUGGUUGGCAAGAAUUUUUUGGUCUGAUAGAUCUUUCAAUGAUUCAUCACUUCAUGCACUAACCCAACUUGCCUCGUGUCCUGGGCUAGAGUGUCUUCAUCUGCGGCUUUGGUUUUCGGGGGAAGAAAUACCUGAAAACAUACAAACAUUUACAAACCUCAAGCAACUGCACUUGGAUCUGUUUUCACCGCACUUGAAUGUUUGUGGUGUUCUGAUUAUAAUCAAGGCUGCACCUAUGUUGGAAGAAUUUGUAUUAACGGUACGGGCAUCUAUUCACAACGAGGUGAGAAGUAUCAGGAGGAAGAUGAGCAUUCUUUCUAGAUUCUCACAUCUUUGUUUGAGGAAAGUUAAGAUUCAUGGUUUCCAAGGUAGAUGGUACGAAAUUGAGUUGGCCAUUUGCAUUCUGAAAAUUGCUAAAAAGAUGGAGAUAAUGGUAAUCGAUCCUAUUGGAAAAUACUAUGCCGGUGGUGGUGAAUGGAAGGACAUGAAUGAUUCAAGAUAUUCGUAUGAGGCUGUUGUUCAGGUCAAAGAGGCCGUGGGUGAGGCUAGGGAGGACGGUGAGGCUGUGGAGGUGGAUGAGAAAAAGGCUGAGGCUGUGGAUGAGAUGGGGGACGAGGAUGGUUGGGAAGAAAGAGGUAGGGCAUUUGUCCAAAAAAUUUACGUAAGGUAAUGACUGAUGCUCAAGUUAUAGUUCUGUGAUGACCAUGGGUCAGCUUUUCACAAAAAAAUGCAGCUUAGGCGGAUUGCUUUGACAGAAAGAUAUUACAAAAUAAGUAAUAUACCCAAUUUGCUUUUUAUUUUUAUUUGUUUUCCUCGUGUAAAUGUUACCCUUAUAAUAACUAUAAGGAAUGACAAAAAUUACAUUUUGAAGUUUAAUACCAUUUGAUCUA